GUGCAACUUUUUUCUCCCACUUGUUCACAAUACUAAAACAAUACAAGAAAUCAUAUUUAAAACGAUAUUCAACCGUAAACUGCCCGCUUCGGCGUGCACAUUCCGUGAAAUCGUUCGAUUUCGUGCGUUUGUGUUUUCACUGCGAUGACAGCUCCCCAGCGGCGAAGGAAUGCGCAAGUGACAGCCACAACCAAAGUGGGUUUAUUAUACCCUAUACCCACUUUGCAAACGUUCCAUCACAGCAGCAGCAGCAGCAGCAGCAGGAGCAGAAGCAGCAGUUCGUUUUCUAUUUUGUUGGGUUUUAUUUUUGCGUUCUGCAAGGUAACCUCUUUUCUACAGCGUGACCCUUGAUUGUCGGCGAAACAAUAUUCGCCGUUCUGUGCAUGUGGUGGCAUAUUUCCCGUGUGACGGUGUGUGAUGUGUAUGCUGGUUGUUAAGUGAACGUGCGGGCCAGCAGCAGCGGUCAUCGGUCUGCCUGGUGCAUUCCGUACAACAACAAUCAGCCAACCCAAACAGAACAACCUCGGCCAGAGGCGACCACCCACCCGGGUCCCACGCGUGCUCAAUCAAGUGCCGUUCAAACACUCGUACAAUCAGCACCUCAAGCGCCCCACCAACAACAACAACAACGAAGACAAACAAAAACGCAGAAAAUCUCUCCCGUUAGAAAAAAAAAAUAUAUAUUAAAACAAAAAAAGCGAUGGAUCCCACCGACGAGGAGGCAUCGGCUAACCAGCUGUCGUCCGACGAUAUCGAGCAAAACUUCCUAACACAGUUUAGCUCGAUGGUGACAACGGACAAGGAAGAGCUGAUCCACCAGUUUCAGUCGAUCGGCGAGAACGUUAAUUACUCCACGGCGACCUUCUUUCUCGAUAUGACCAACUGGAAUCUGCAGGCCGCGGUAGGAUGUUACUUUGAUUUUAUGGCCCAAAAUCGGCAACCGUCGAUGAAGCUGCUCAACGACAUCACAGUAGGCAAGGGCGAGAAGAUCACACCAAACACAGCUAUCAAGCUGACCUGGCUGCUGCAGAACAAUGGUGAGGUGGCGUGGCCAAGCGGCACGUACGUGAGCCUGCGCCAGAUCCCCAACCUGCGGGAGCAAAACAUUCCGCUGUCGUACGAGGACCUGAAGUACUACGUGCCUGCCGUGCUGCCGAACGACACGGUGACCGUGUCGGUGCAGCUGGUCAGCCCGUCCACGGUCGGGCUGUUCGAAACCGUCUGGUCGAUCUAUACCCCGAGCGGCAUCAGCUUCGGAGAUAACAUCAUUUCGCGGAUCGAGGUAAGCGCGGAUGGCACGAUGGCGGUCACGCAACAGUUUUCCCAUCUGCAAACUAGCUCCACCGCCGAGCUGAAUCCGCAGCAGAACGCCCCGGAGUCGCAGCCGAACCAGCUGGACGAUAGCGAAAUGUGGGGAUAGCCAAGCGACAACAGCGUUCGGACUACCGCGCCAGCCACCUCUGUACAGCACAUCUGUAGUGUAAUGACUUGUCUUCGGCCCUUGUGUUUGCGUUGCCGUUCCUACCCUCAGUUGCUGGCUGCCGCAUAAUACACGCUCCACUAAUCGAGUUCGUUAGUUUAUUUAUAUUAUGCAAUUGCCACUUUUCUUUCUAAACAGAUCAUACCAAAACAUUGCGGAUGCGUAUUCAAUUCGGGGCUUGCUUAAUGGAGCGGCAGCCACGGCCGCCGCCCACCAUCCUGAUGCCCCUCUUUUGAUCGAGGCUUGAUUUUGCAAUGAUUUUCCUUCCCGCGGCCCGUGCUGCUGUUGCUUGGUUGGUGCGGAGUGGCGGGUGGAGCAGAGGGGAAUGGCAAAAAUACAUGUUUUUAAUGAAAAAUAUUACUGUAGAGAAACGCCGCUAAUACUUGGGGCAUAUAAUUUUCCUUUAUUUCAAUGGACGUUCUUUAAAAUGUCAUUAAAAAAAAAAAACAAAUUUUCACGUUCACUCGCAAUCACUAAACAAUGCGCUAAACUUUAUUUAGCCUCAUUUAUUUAACGUAGAUCGAAAAACGCUAAAAAGAAAGAUCGUUCAAUUGUAGUAAAGAUAUUAAAAAGAAUUAUUUAUUUACAUCUACAUCUCUUUGUGCACGCUGUGAAAAUGAUUGGCAACGCUUACCGUUUUUUGAAAGCAUUACAAUCUUGCCCGACCCUUCUGCCCUCGCCCCCCUCCACUCAUAAAGCCUUUCAGCUGCACAGGACAGUUCGCGCGUUCGACAAUAAGCUUUCGGAAAGAUGUGCGAAACAAGCCUUGAUCCCUAUGUGCUUUGGCUGUGUGCUACGGCCCGGAGCUCGACCGGGCUCCACUGAUUUAUACUAAAGAUUUGCUCAAACGAAAGCAUCACAUCUGCAGAGAGGAAAAAAAAGGCGGCAAAACCUUACACAAAUAGGGGCUAAGCAGAGGGAAACCGUUGUAGCAACCAAAGGAUUAUUAGAGACCGUUUGAAUCGAAAAGGCUGCGCGCACGGCUAGUGCGGUGGAUGGAGAAAGGAUAAGAAUUUAGUCGUUAAGAACCCUUUUGCUCCCCUUCGCUAUCGUCUGCAAAAGAAAGCAAAGCAAAACAACCCAAACCUCGUUCCACAAAACGUUUGAAACUCAAGAGCGAAACUCGCGCGACCGCCUGUAAAGCAGCCGGAAGACUUAAUUUAUUUGCUUGCUGUGUCGGCAAAGCGACGAGAAUCUAAAUUUAAUUUAUCUGAUUAGAAUUGUUAAACUCUCACAACUGACAGGCACGGCAAUGGGGGGGGGGGGGAAGCGAAGCACGAGAGCUUUUGUAAACCAACUCCUCUCACGACUCCAUCCAUGCGCAACAUCUAUGCCAGGGGUAGCAGGCGAAGCAAAAGGGAAUUGUUAUUGCAGCUCCCCAUUGCUACCUUGUACAGAAACACCAGUUGCGCGUGAUUGUUUUUUUCUUUUUUUUUUCGCUCAUUAAUGUUGCUGUUUUUCGUGCGAUUUUAUAAUAGUAAGUAAUUGUGCGUAAUUUUGCAAACAAAGUUAACCCAUUACUGCCCGGGUGGUGCUCAAAA